UAAUUAAGACUUCCAUUGCUCGCGAAUCGGUAGUCAGGUAUAAUGAUAGCGGUUAUUGUGUGAUAGAGGUGCGGUCGGACCAGCAUUCAAUAUGAAGACCCUGACUGUGGUGCUUGUGGCGGUGGGUAGUGUCGCUGUCCUAGGGCUGGUGGCAGGGUUCAUAACCUGGGCGGUGCUGUCCAACCAGGCACCAGACCCACUACCCCCUCCAGAAGUGAAACCUCUGGACUGGUGGGAACACUGCGUCCUCUACCAGAUCUACCCUCGAUCCUUCAAGGACAGCGACGGCGAUGGGAUCGGCGACUUGCAAGGAAUCAUCAGCGAACUAGAACACUUCGUGAACGCGGGAGUGGACGCGAUAUGGAUGUCUCCUAUCUUCGAGUCUCCCAUGGUGGACUUUGGGUACGACAUCAGCAACUUCUACGAGAUCCACUAUGAGUACGGAACCAUGGAAGACUUUGAAGAGUUGCUCGAGAAGGCACACGAGUUGGGAUUGAAAGUUCUUCUGGACUUUGUGCCCAACCAUGCCAGCAACGAGUCUGAAUACUUCAUCAAAUCCGAAGCCAGGGAUCCGUUCUACGAAGACUUCUUUGUCUGGGCUGAUCCUCUGCCUAACCCUGACAACUCGAGUGUUAGACGACCACCAUCUAACUGGGUUAGUCAAUUUGGGGGCUCAGCAUGGGAAUGGAGUGAAAUUCGUCAGCAAUACUACCUCCAUCAAUUCGCGAUCCAGCAAGCGGACUUCAAUUUCCGCAACCCAGCAGUCCAGGAAGAGAUGUUCAACAUCAUGAAGUUUUGGCUUGAUAAGGGUGCUGAUGGCUUCAGGCUGGACGCCUUGCCUUACAUGAUUGAAGCUGAUCCAGCUGAUCAUAAUGGAACAUAUCCUGACGAUCCGCUCAGUGGUAUUAUCCAUUUUGAGCCUCACCAGUUGGGAUAUACAAUACCGUUGUAUACUAAAGAUCUGAUUGAGUUGUAUGAUAUCGUGUACGAGUGGAGAGAGUAUAUUGACAAUUAUAAUAAGAAGAAUGGAAACGAUACCAGGGUGCUGUUCUCUGAAGGCUACGCCAACGUGACCAUGACGAUGUUGUACUACGGUAACGAAGAGGGGGCUAUUGGGGCCCACUUCCCCUUCAACUUCGACUUCAUUACGGACCUGUCCGCCGGCUCCAACGCCAGAGAUUUCGUCUAUAUCAUCUUAAGGUGGCUGACUUACAUGCCGCACGGUGGUGUUCCAAACUGGGUGUUUGGGAACCACGACAACAACAGAAUGCCAACCCGAUUCCGUCACGACAUGGUGGACGGCCUGAACUCCAUCAACAUGCUUCUCCCAGGAGUCGCAGUCACCUACCAAGGCGAGGAGAUCGGCAUGAGGGACGGCUAUGUUAGCUGGGAAGACACCGUCGACGUGGAAGCGUGCAACCGAGGAGAUCCUGACACCUACCAUCUAUACUCCAGAGAUCCUGCAAGGACACCAUACCAUUGGGAUGACUCAAACAUGGCCGGCUUCACAACUGGUAACAGAACUUGGUUGCCAGUCGCUGAUGAUUAUAAGGAAAUUAAUCUUGCUAAGCAGAUGAAAGAUGCUCGGAGCCAUUUCAAGAACUACCAAGCCCUCACUACCCUGAGGAAGGAAAAAACCCUCUCCCAUGGCGAGUACGACAUCAGAGCCCUCUCAGACAGAACCUUCUACCUGGUCAGAUACUUGAGGACCCACGACACGUACGUCCUCCUGUUUAACGUCAGCGAGGGGCCUGAUACCAUUGAUUUGGGAAGAGUUCCUCAUCUCACCCUCACCGCUACUGUAAUGGUGUCGAGUAUUCAUUCUGCGAGGUUGGCUGGGUCUGUGAUUGCAGAGAGCCGAUUAACUCUCUCCGCGGGAGAAGCUUUAGUACUAAAAGCGCAACCUACGUAAAAUUGUAUAAUCAAUUGUAAAUAGUUUAAUUGUAAAUAUUUUUUAUUUAUGAAUAGUGGAUAAUAAAUUAUUUUAUUUAAAAAUAAA